ACGAAGGUGAGCAUGUCGAACUUCUCUCUGGUGGGAGAUGGCGGGGAGGAGGAGGAGGAGACCAACACGCUGAUCUCCGACGACUCCAUGUCUGUCAAGUCAACCCGCUGGAGGGAUGUGGGAGGAGGGAGAGUGUGGAACCCGCUCUCGAUCUCUCAUCCGCCCAGUUGGAGGAAAAACUUAAAGGUGCAUUUCCGUUCUCACAUCGAGAAGAUGAUCAGCGGUAAGAAGACACGAGUCGCCGACCCGGUCGAGGGGACGCAGAAGAAGGGGGACGAGGGCGAGGCCGAUCGUAGCGACACUGCAGCCUUUGCUGGAGAGAACAGCCUGAGCGAGCAACCCUUGCAUGAUGUAGAUGUGAAGAUGAAGGAUGACUUCAACCUGACGGCUUCGCUCCUUCAAAUCCCCGUCGAGAACGUGGAACAGGCGCGAGACGAGCAGGACGAGGAGCAAGAUCAGCAAGAUGGGCAGGAUGGGCAGGAUGAUAAGGAUGGGCAGGACAAGCAGGGUGAUCAGGAUGAACCCAAGGUUGCGGAUGCGACUGCGGGAACAGAAACAAAUGAAACCGGGGAGAGCGAAGACAUGAACAUUGAGGAAUCACGCAGUGGAUUGUCUUACGAAAACGAGCCGUAUAUAAUGCCAAAGUACCGAUAUCAUAGAAAGUUGGAAGGAGAGCAUGACGAGCGGAUCAAGGAGAUCAAAGAG